AUGGCGCCUGAAGAUGCGCGCAAACAGUCCACAGGCGUGUGGGGCACAAACAUGCCGAAAGACAAGGCUGCGUGGGAUCAAAGUCGAGAAGAAAUAUAUCGGCUGUACAUUCUCGACGAUCUGUCACUCAAAGGUGUCAAACACGCCCUUGAGACAAAACAUGGAUUCCCCGAAUUCAGACUGAGAGACUAUGAAAUCGUCCUGCGAGACUAUUUCAAGUUUCGCAAGAACCUGCGAAGCCAAGAUUGGCAAGCUGUUGCCAUUCAUCGUGAACAAAGACUCCAGCGCGGGGAGCAGUCAGACGUCUAUCUGUACGGAUGUCUUCUAGAGAAGGCGCGUGUCGAUAGGGCAGUGCGCAGAUCUAGGCACAAAUGGAAGCUGCCCUACCGAGUUCGAUCAGACCCAGUGCCUCCACUGCCAGAUGGAGUUACAAUACAAACACCCUCUCCGGUAGUGCCAAGAGAAAGUGUACCCCCGCGGACGAUUGCUGCAUCGGAUGCUCAGUUUCCUCAUGGCCAUUACAACAGUCAGCUGAUGCUGACGGAAUCAUCGCACCUCAACACUGCGCCUGCCAUGAUCACCACUAGGUGGCAAAUACCUGUCAAACUAUCCGUUCAGGAGAUGAGACUUCAUAUUCCCUUUACUCAGUUCAUUGAAACAACAGCGAUGGCAAUCUAUAAACUUGCAAUGCCAACGCCAAGUGCUCAAUCUUCGACAGCCUCCGUGCAGUCUCCUGUCAUACCAAACCUCCCCCAUUUCAUCAACAUACUGGGGCACUCUCCGCACAUGCAGUUUUCAGAGCAGACAUCAACCUUGACUGGCCCAUUGAGAGAGACGAUAGAACGACACCUCCACAGCCGAGCAGCUCUGCGCAGCAUGAAAUCGCUCAGUGGGAGAUUUCCGUUUGAGCGGAUCAUGUACUUGUUUUCAAUGAUGUCCAACAAGAAAUCUAUUCACAAAGAUGAUGUCCUCGAUCUCUUCGAGUGGAUAGAGUCUGCUGAAGUUGAUGUCUUGAAAUCACUCUUUGCCCUUCCAUUGCCGACCAUGACAGCUGCUUGGGAAUUUCUCAUUGAGCAAUCAACUCUUCCCGCACACCCAAUAGCCUUUCAAAAGCUUGUGGAAGUCAGCUUGUUGAUCCGUAAUGGACAAUGGCUCAAGGCAAGAGCAGGUGAUAUCCUAGGUUUAGCUAUAUGGCUAGGGCUAAAUGGCUUGACGCGUCGUUUAUUACAUCUAGGCCUAUCCCCAAACGCCGAAUUCACGGUUACUGAUUAUAGUAUGCCAUUGCGGGGACAUUCUUCCGAGCUUUUCCUUCACGGCACGCCGUUGGAGGCUGCAAUCAGUUGUGCAAAUCCCGCGGCAGUUGGAUUGCUGAUUGAAUACUGCGCUGAACUUCACCAUGGCGUUCUAUAUCACAUUUUUGGCCCGUACACCCACCCCGACCCAGAAUUCCUUGCGGGCAUGUUCCAUUGUCUCCGUUUGUUGCUGGAGGCAGGAGCACCUGCAGACACCUGGCGAUUUGGAGGGCCGAUGGAAGGGAGUUUGCUCUCAAAGCUUGGGUGGGCGGACGGACGCGCAUACCAAUUUCUUGACAUGCUAUGGCAGAAGUCCUACAGUCAUUCAAUUUGGAAGCAAACCUUCAAUCUUGCUUUACAGUAUAGCGAAAGGAUGAAGACUUCGCUCACUGUGGCAGGACUGUGUAAUGCAGCUUCUCUUGGCCACAAGGAGCUCCUGCAACACAUGGCCGAUCGAACCGACCUAUCAAGCCGAGAACAGCUCCUAAUUUGCGAGAUUGCUCUUUCUGAGGCAGCUCAUGAAGGCGAUUGGAACGCUUGUCAGAGCUUUCUCCAGAUUGGCGUGGAUCCAAAUGUUGAAAACUACGGCACGGAGUUUUCCAAAUCAGCUGAUGUUGGCGGUCUUCACUUUCAUCGUCUUGAUCUCUUAAUCAAACCAAGAGCAUGGUCUUUUGAGAAACGCACUCCAGUUUAUGGCGCGCUGAAAAGAGGCAAUAUGCCUCUAUUGGAUUUGUUUCUCGAGGCGGGCGCCGACAUCAACCGAUACAAUAUCCUGGACGCUCUUUUCAAUGGUGAUGCCUACAGCAAGUUCUGGACCAAAUCUCCUUCUGUCACGUGUCCAGAAGGGGAGAUGGCUGCCGAUUGCAUUCCUGCAGCACAGUGCCUUGCUUCAUCCAAACUGGAACAAACCUUCGACUUCCUUAUUGGAGCCGGCCUGGAUUUCCAAGCUCAUGGCAAAGAGGCCAUGGCCAGAGCGAUGCUGACAUAUGUUGAUUCUGAGGUCCUUUUUCUGCAGUGGAACUGGCUGCACUCCAAAGGUGUCAAUUGGGACUUUGAACUGGAAGGACUCAAUCUGAUCCACUUUGCACUAAGAUUUUGGUAUCAUUCGGCCGUGUUGGACGUCGUCGAGUUCCUUGUGUCUCGCGGCGUGAGCAUCCAUUCAAACCCGUGUAGGAUGGGACAUACGAUGCUUCAUGACGCUGUGAGCAAUGCCUUUUGCGAACUUGACGUUAUUGAUUUCCUCUUGGCCAAUGGCGUUGAUGUGCACCGUUGCACUCAACAGGGUGAGACAGUCCUGGAUGUGAUUUUUGCUUGUCGACGAUGUUACAGCAAUAAAGGUGCCAUCUGCAGAAGGUUGCUUCAGCUUGGUGCUCCCCUUAUCCCACCUCAGCAAGCCCUUGGGGAAGUAGUCCAACUUCCUAUUCUGUCUCUUUUAUUAGCGGUUCCGGAGAUAGAAGACUCUCUGAUCCUGCCGUUCAUUGGCGCCGCCAGGUGCGCUACAUUGUGUCACGACGCAGAAUUUGCAACGGAAAUUGAACAUGGGUUUCAUGAAAUCCAUGAUUGGUCACGAGAACGCAGCCCCUUGCAAGCUGCAAUCACCGCCCGUCGUUUCAUUCUAGCCAAGGAGCUACUACGCCGCGGGGCAGGUGAACGAUAUUUUAUCUCGCCUUUGGUUACGGCCCUACAGUCGACAAUUGUAGUUUGUGCGCGAACUCCUGAUGACCCCUCUUCAAUAGAGUUCCUGAGACUUUUGAUUGAUUCAAAAGCGGAGAUAAAUGCCCAUGCGGGAGAUGGGCUUUGUGCGUUGCAUCAUGCUGCCGUAACAGGUUCACUGAACAUUUUGGGUACACUGCUCGAGAAUGGAGCCGAUCCGAAUGUUUUGGUGAAGAUAGUACACUUCAAACUGUGCAGACGACUGAAAACAGACAAAGGCCCCUCGUAUGAAGACGACGAUUACAACUUCUUCUACCGCCACCCUUCACAGGCUCACUUGGAAGUUGACGAAAUCUACGAAUAUGAUGAUCUAGGCCGUCCACUAUUUAUGCACCCAUCCAUACGAUGUAUCGACAAACUUGCGCCUCUCUGGGUACCCCGAGCGCUAGACCUAGCUGCAAUGGAGGGAAGGUUGGACGUUAUUCAGAUGUUGCUGAACGCGGGAGGAAUCAGCGGCCAUUCACUGAUUGGCCCCUACGAUGGAGCGAUAGAAUGUGCCAACGAGCAUCGGCAUCACGCAAUUGCCUGCCUUUUGCAAGAGGCAAACCUGCAAGCGCUCAAUGGCGGUGCAUCAUUUCAAGAUGGUUUUCCACGUCCCGAGCGAUUCAGCCUCCCUCUGCGGUACUAA